AUCAUGCUGAAUAUUAAUGAGUUGAAAAGUAAAAAGAGUGUUGUCCCUCUGUCUACGGAUCCACGCUCACUCUAUUAUUAUCAAUAACGCACCCAUUCUUCUUCUUCUUCUUCUUCUUCUUCUUCUUCUGUGAUUGUGCGAGAGAGUGAUUUGUGCUAUCAGAGUGUGAGUCUGAGAGAGAAAGAGAGAGAAGCAUUGCUGUAUGUCAGUGGGGUACCACAGUGAGAUAUACUACUGCUGCGGUGGAUACGCUGAGGCUGAGCUUGCUAACCCUCUCCAAUGGCCUCAGCUCCGGAAAAAGCGACGCCCCUCCUUAACACCACCACCAACAACACCGCUACUGCAGCUCCUUCGCCUUCAUGGCCCGACUCCACUUUGGAUUCGACCCGAAACAGAUCCACCAUAGCCCCUGCCUUGAUCUCCGCCGUUGAUUCCUUCUCUGAUCCUCCUCCCAGCUCCGCUCCUUCUACUAAAGGUAUCACAGUCAUGACCAGAGCUCAAACUUGCCACCCUUUGGAUCCAUUAUCUGCUGCUGAAAUUGCAGUAGCUGUGGGAACUGUUCGGGCGGCGGGGGCAACCCCUGAGGUAAGGGACAGCAUGCGCUUUGUCGAAGUAGUCUUGCUGGAACCGGAUAAACAAGUUGUCGCAUUAGCGGAUGCGUACUUCUUCCCUCCUUUCCAGCCUUCAUUGCUCCCCAGGACUAAAGGCGGGCCUGUGAUUCCUACAAAACUUCCCCCAAGAAAAGCAAGACUAGUUGUGUACAACAAACGGUCAAAUGAGACAAGCAUAUGGAUUGUUGAACUUACACAGGUGCAUGCAGCAACUCGAGGGGGUCACCACAGGGGCAAAGUAAUUUCUUCUAAUGUUGUUCCAGAUGUUCAGCCACCAAUGGACGCUGUGGAGUAUGCUGAAUGUGAAGCUAUUGUGAAGGACUUCCCUCCAUUUCGAGAAGCAAUGAAGAGAAGAGGGAUUGAAGACAUGGAUCUUGUCAUGGUGGAUGCCUGGUGUGUUGGAUAUCAUAGUGAAUUUGAUGCUCCUAGCCGCAGGCUUGCCAAACCAUUAAUCUUUUGUAGAACCGAGAGUGACUGCCCCAUGGAAAAUGGCUAUGCCCGCCCAGUUGAAGGAAUUUACAUUCUUGUUGACAUGCAAAAUAUGGUAGUUCUUGAGUUUGAAGACUGCAAACUAGUGCCCCUUCCACCCGCUGACCCCUUAAGAAAUUAUACUUCUGGUGAAACCCGGGGUGGAGUUGAUAGAAGUGAUGUUAAACCAUUACAGAUUCUUCAGCCUGAAGGUCCAAGUUUUCGUGUCAAUGGCUACUUUAUUCAAUGGCAGAAGUGGAACUUUCGGAUUGGUUUCACUCCUAGGGAGGGUUUGGUCAUUUAUUCAGUAGCCUAUAUUGAUGGAAGUCGAGGGCGAAGGCCAGUAGCACACCGGUUGAGUUUUGUUGAGAUGGUGGUUCCUUAUGGAGAUCCAAAUGAUCCUCACUAUAGGAAGAAUGCUUUUGAUGCAGGAGAAGAUGGCCUGGGUAAAAAUGCCCAUUCUCUCAAGAAGGGUUGUGAUUGUUUGGGAUAUAUCAAGUACUUUGAUGCACACUUCACAAACUUUAAUGGAGGUGUUGAAACAAUAGAGAAUUGUGUUUGCUUGCAUGAAGAGGAUCAUGGUAUUUUGUGGAAGCAUCAAGACUGGAGAACAGGUUUGGCUGAAGUACGAAGAUCUAGAAGGCUGACAGUGUCUUUUAUAUGCACUGUGGCUAACUAUGAGUAUGGCUUUUUCUGGCACUUUUAUCAGGAUGGAAAGAUAGAAGCUGAGGUCAAACUCACAGGAAUUCUCAGCUUAGGAGCACUGCAACCAGGUGAAACUCGAAAAUAUGGCACAACCAUUGCCCCUGGAUUGUAUGCGCCUGUCCAUCAGCACUUUUUUGUUGCUCGUAUGGACAUGGCAGUUGAUUGCAAGCCUGGUGAAGCUUUCAAUCAGGUUGUUGAGGUUGAUGUCAAAGUUGAAGAGCCUAAUCCUUUAUCUGCUCGUCAUUGGGUUGUUAGGAACACUAGGACAGUGAACCGCACUGGACAGCUAACAGGUUAUAAAUUAGUACCUGGUUCAAAUUGUUUACCCUUGGCUCGUCCAGAGGCCAAGUUUCUGAGAAGAGCGGCUUUCUUGAAGCACAAUCUUUGGGUCACUCCUUAUGCACAUAAUGAAAUGCAUCCCGGAGGAGAGUUCCCUAAUCAAAAUCCACGUGUCGAAGAGGGUUUGGUUACUUGGGUUCAGCAAAAUAGGUCAUUGGAGGAAGCUGAUAUAGUUCUUUGGUACGUAUUUGGAGUGACUCACAUUCCUCGUCUAGAAGACUGGCCUGUUAUGCCAGUGGAACGCGUUGGUUUUAUGCUUAUGCCACAUGGAUUUUUCAAUUGUUCCCCUGCAGUGGAUGUUCCUCCAACUACAAGUGAUUUGGAUGAUAAGGAAAUUGGGAUGCCUGCAAAGCCUAGCCAGAAUGGGGUCAUUGCAAAGUUAUGAAAUGAACAAAUCAUAGACAUUUGCACUGUUUAUAAAACCAAUGGUUGCGCAAACUUAAUUAAACUCUGCUGCUUGGUAAUUAAAUUUAAUAUACAAGUGAACUUUCUUGUGCCCCAUAUGAAUAUUUAAUCAAAGCUAUACAGGAUGAUGCAUGUAUUAUAAUUGGAAAAAUGCAAGAUUCUUUGGGUCUUACUCCGAAUUUGUAAUCCGAUAUUCCUAUCUUCACAAAGUGGGAAUGGUAUCUUGAGUGUUGGAUUAUAGUCAUACCUGCUAUAAAUUCAUUGUAUC